AUGAUGAGGAUGACUGAGAAUUCUAAAAACAGCAACAAGCAAACUGUCAACUCUAGAAUACAGACUACAAAUGCUAGUAAGGUAAUGAGUCCCAACAUGAUAAUAAAUGAUUCCAAAACAGCUAGAAACUCUAAUAUUGGUAGAUUCUAAAGGGACAGAGUGUCUAACGACUAAUUUAAGCAUUUGAUUACAGAGCCUAGUAGAUAUUAAGAUUCCAAUUCACAUGAAAUCGAUGGUUUCAGCAAGUCAAAUGGAUUUAACUAGAUGUCAAAGACCUCGACUCCAUUUUGGGGUACAACAUACAAAACAUUUUAUAAAAAUGAACCUAAUUAAUCAAAAUAAGGAUUUUUAGUGACUAGUUAUGAUGUUUCUCAAGCCAGUUAAUUCAAGUACACUAGAUUCAAACAGAAACCAUCUGAUGUUCCCUUAGAUUAUUCUAAGACAUACAUUUUAAGGAAGGGUCUUGAUUAAGAGCGAGUAAGAGAUCCUAGCAAAAGCUAGAGAAAUAACCCUAACAACAUAUCUAGAAGCCAGUAAAGACCACUUUCAGGCGCCAAUGCGAGAAUAUAUAGCCCAAUGACUAAGUUUAAAAAGAAUUUAGAAGAUAACAGAAUAAGCAACCAGUGGAGAAUGAGAGCGUAUAGAGCAUACCUAAAGGGUUUCUGA